AAAGCAUUGGUGCAUUCGCCUUCUCUUCCAGCAGCAGAUCAUCACCAAAAUGGGUGUUUUCACAUUUGUUUGCAGAGAAUCCGGUUCCGAUUGGUCGGCGAAGCAGCUCAAAGGCGACCUCGAGGCGUCGGCUGACUGCACCUUUGAUCUCCAGCGUAAGCUCGUUCAGGCGGCUCUCUCCGUCGACUCCGGCGCCGUCCAGUCCUCCUUCUCCUACGUCACUCCUAAAUCCGCUGUCUUUCAGGUUAUUGUUGGAGGUGGAUGUGGUGGUGGUGCUUUUGUAGGAGGUGGCGGUGCUGCUGCCGCUGCAGCCUCAGGUGGUGCAGCUGCUGAGGCACCUGCAGCUGCAAAAGAGGAAGAGAAGGAUGAGGAAAGUGAUGAAGAUGGCAUUGGAAUGUCACUCUUCGAUGAUGAGUAGAUUCUUUUAUCCUUUCAAUUGUUACAAAAUCGUAGUUUUGCUCCAACUGGUUUAGGAUUUAUGGUAUUUACCUUUCAGAUAUUAAUCUUAGUAUCAUUUUGAUCUUUUUAAGUUGGAAUUAUCUAUGCAAAAUAUAUUGCUAUA